UCAUCCACGGCGGGGUCGUGAAACAUCCUCAACCUCUAUGCCUUGAAGGGGUAUAUAAAUGCCGAGUGCUGCCGGGCUUAAUAAACACUUGCCAGUCAACGAUUAUUCCUGCAGCAUGUACCCAUCUUUGAUAGCAGUAAUUGCGCUAGCAGCGUGUGCAGUCGCUGCACCCGCAGACGAACCAGUUCCCAUAGUCUCCCAAGAAUCCGAUGGACCAAAUCCCGACGGAUCCUACAGUUGGAAGUACGAGACAGGAAAUGGAAUAAAAGCCGAAGAAAGUGGUCAAGUGAAGAACGCAGGUUCAGAGAAUGCAGCCGUUGAAGCGCAAGGUUCCGUCUCCUAUAAAGAUAACGAGGGCCAAGAAAUAUCCUUAACCUACGUGGCCAAUGAAAAUGGUUUCCAACCCCAAGGUGCACAUUUACCAACGACACCACCCAUUCCAGCGGCAAUUCAAAGGGCCCUCGAGUGGAUAGCCGCGAAUCCAUCAAAGGAGGAUCAGAACAAUGUUUAGAAACUAAGAUUUCAAGUGAAGGACCUGAUCUCAAAAUAAUGAUGAUGAAGAAAUGACCCUUGAAUUUUAAACGAUUAAUGAUUUCUGUUUUGUAAUAGUAUUUUCUUUUUUGUUGUACAUAUUUAUUUUUAUCUUUAAACUAAUUUUUAGUACCAUUUUUUUUUAAUUACCGCCUAUUUCCUACUUUUUACAUACAAGAACCACUAUUUCGACGAGUGGCAUAUGUAACUUAAUGAUAAAUGCAAAAGGAACAAUAAAUGCUGCGUUCGGAGAGAA